UGAAUCUUCAAGUAAUGAAAGUAAUUGGGAGAAUGAAACGUUGGAAUCUGAAUUAAAUAAUAUUUAUAAAGUAAUGUUAGAUGCCACUUCUAAACAAAAUACAUAUCAAAAAACAUUAAAACACGGAUAUUAUAAUGGUGAUUCUGAUGAGAAGAAAGAUUUUGAAUAUUCAUUAUCGGAGUUGGAGAAAACAAUUAAAAAUAGCACACAAGAUAUUUGGCUCCAAUAUGUAGCACAAUACCUUCGGCUUGUGGAGUCUGGUUUUACCAAAAUGGAAGCGAGUAAUAUAAUUUCAACCUUACUUAAUCGUGGUCCAUGGAUAGCACCUGAAUAUUUCUCAAAUUUUAUGUUAGAAAUGAAAUAUUUCCUAGUUUUGGAAUUGAAACCAGAAAAACUAUAA